UCAAACAAAGUAAAGGGUCGAGACUAGAGAUAGUACAAAAAUUGGGAGGUUGUGGGGGGCAACAUCACUCCAUCGCUAAAAAGCAUUUAUUGCUUGCACCCAAAACCAAUUGCUAAAAGCCGCACCACCACCAUCUCUCCCUCUACUCCCACCCCAUACUACAUACACCUCCGCGCCUCUCGAUUCUUCACCAAAUUCUCCUUUUCUCUUCCGGUUUUUCUUGAUUGCGCCAACUGUUUGAUAUUUUGUGUAACUGAAGAAGAAGAUGCCUAGGCCUGGACCCAGACCGUACGAGUGUGUGCGAAGAGCUUGGCAUAGUGAGAGGCAUCAACCCAUGAGAGGUUUGGUUAUCCAACAGAUUUUCAGGCUUGUACAUGAUAAUCACUCUGCUGCGACUAAAAAGAACAGAGAAUGGCAAGAGAAGCUGCCUCUUGUGGUUUUGAAAGCGGAGGAAAUCAUGUACUCCAAAGCCAACUCUGAGGCUGAAUACUCGAAUGUUGAGACACUAUGGGACCGAGUGAAUGAUGUCGUCGACACGAUUAUUCGGAAAGAUGAGAGCACCGAGACUGGGGAGCUUCUGCCACCCUGUGUUGAAGCUGCACUUAAUCUAGGGUGUGUACCGGUAAGGGCGUCAAGGAGUGAGCGACACAACAAUCCGAGAACUUACCUCAGAUCUUCGUAUCGAGAAUGUAACAAAAACAUGUCUCCGAGAUCCCUAAACGACAAUGUGAAUGAACGGAAUCCUGAUUUGAUGCACGCUGCCAAGAUGCCCCAACAUGUGGAUUCAUCUCGCUUAGUUUGGGAGUCUAACAACCGAAUCACACCAAACAGUACUAACCAGCAGCAGCACAUGGCUUCUUCAUUUGAGAAGAAGCUUCAUUGUGUUAGCAGUAGAAAUGCUAUGGAAGUGGAGCGUAGUAAUGCUUGGCUGAGUAGAAGCUCGGUGUACCCCUUGUACUAUGGGAUGGAUUUCAAACCUGAGGUUUGUCAGUUGGGUUUUCAGGUAGCUCAAAAGUCGGAUUCUGUCAUUAUUGGUGUACCGGUGUUUUCAUCGCCUGCUGAAUCUGCCUCCGAGGUUGGGUGCUUACAGAAUCUAUUCCCUUAUGGCGAAGAUAAAUUUUUUGGGAAAAGGACGUGUGAAGUAGCUUCCAAGGACACCAAAGGGAAGGGACCUCAGGCCGGCUUUGACUUGUCCCUGAGGUUGGGACUCUUUUCUGAUUCGAAUUCGGGCAGGGAAGACAGCUCUGGUUUCGUUAGUGAUAGCCUUGGUCGUAGGUUAUCUCCAUAUGAAGGCCUGCCGGUGGAGGAGUUCCCUUUCUUUCCUAUGGAGCCUGCCCAUAGCCAGAUGUGGUUGCAUAGAAGUAACCAGAACGAAGAGAGUGAGAAUCAGAAUGCGGAAUUAGUUUCUAGAAAGCGUAAGCUAUCUGUUAGUGGAGAUUUAGGAAAUGACCAAUUUUUCUGGUCACAGGAUUCAACUAACCGUUUUGUUGGUCAAAUGAAAAGACCUGAUUGCAUCUUUAUGCAGUUGGAGUCUUUUAUGCCACACUUCUCUGUCCGAGUUCUUAAUUGGAAAGUAUCAGACGCAGUUCGUGAAAAUUAAGUGACCUGCACUGGAGGUCCUACGGUAAUGAUAUGUUACAUGUUUUAAGAAAAUUGAAUGGUCCUAUUAUGCAGAAAUCUUAUGUCUAGGGUUUAUAUUCUAUUUAUUACGCCUUUAUAACAUGACAGCAUAGGCAACAUUAGAUUGAAGCAUAACUGUGUAUUCAAUUAUUCUGUAACAAAAGUUAUUCUUAUUUAUAGUGGUAGCUGAGAAAAAGCUAUGAAUUUGCUAGUCAAUUCAUGAUAGAAGAAUAAAUAUUCGCCAUACCUAUCCACACUUCCACUUGUAUCCGGCAGCAAUUCAUUGUUUUACUUCUCAUUCUGUUGGCCCUUUACACUGGAGUGUUUUGCAUUAUUAGGCAUGAUCUUUGUGUUUCCGUAGCUGGUUCCUUUAACUAUAUGGAGAGAAUUUACGCUCGUUGAGUGGAGAGAUAACUAGAAGAUUUGUUCCAGAGAAAGCACAAGACCUUCCCUCAGCAACCUCCUAGUAGCCGAAUUAUUUUACUGUGUCUAGGAACUCCAUUGCUACGAACCAUUGUUUUCACGGUGAGUAGGUACACAACUUGAUGAUAUAGCUGGUUACUAAUUACUAAGGUAGUUCUAUUGCUGGUUUCUCCUUUUGUGUGAUUUCAUCAUGUUGAAAGGUGGCUUAUAACUUCUCUUUUUUUCGAGUGCUGUCACAUUCCGCUGCGUUUUCACCUCCACGUGAAAAGAAAUGAGGGAAACUCCACAGUAAUUAUGUGGAACUUGAUGGAUUUCUUGCAUUUAAAUGUCAUGUGUAGCAGAAGUGUUUAUCCCAUCAUGAUUAUGCAUCUUUAAUUCAAUAGAAAUUGUGCAUCUUGUUUAGUGCAUUAUUCUUUUUACUGUUUGCUUGGACCAUCAAUGCAUAGCUAUUAUCUUCUUGUAGUUAAAUACAUUUAUUUGAGUUUGGUCCCCCUUUUUUUCUGAUUGAGUGAAAAACAGCAAAAGAUUGAAGUACAGAGGACAGGGGAUUGAAGUACAGAGGACAGAGGUAAACUGUUUUUUUUUGAGGAAAACAGUGGGAGUUUUGUUUACAGUGAAAUAAAUAUAUUUAUGUAUUGAAUGUGUUGUGGGCUUGAAAUGGUUGAAUUAUUAAGGAGUUGUAUUGUUUCAUAAAAGUGGAGAGUGGUCCUUCAAAAGGAUUGGUUGUCAUGUGUGUGUGUUUUGAUGUCACUUUAUGUUCCCAAUUGCAACCCAACAUUACAUUUGGCAGAAGAGGUGGGUUUUCACUUUAAUCAAUCACACCUCACCUCAAUUAUUCUUCACAUUUUCCCCAUUUAUUAUACUCCUACUAUAUUUUAUGGCCUUUAUUUGUGUAAGUUAAUAGCCAAACAAGUCAAAAGUCAUUGUGAUUA